AGUAAGCCUAGACAUUAGCAACAGUUUUGAACGCUUUCGUACUCAGAAAAAUUGUGUUCCAUUCAAAUUUUGUACAGAAAGAUUUCUUUGUUGGCAUAAAUUUUAUUCAAUAACGCGAUACUCGGAUAAGUGCAGUGCCCUGAGUAUUCCCGACCCCCAGUCAAGCUUCCAACAAUUUUUACAAGAUGAAGAACUUUGCCAAUCCCAAAAACGUGUUCAAAAGCUGCUCCAGCCACGAUGAUAUUCUCACACAGUCCGCCCAGAAGGGAGCAGAUUCAGUUGAGGGUUCUCAACCCGCUGCAGUUCCUCAGUCCACUGCAUUAGCUCCAGCCGCGAAGAUUCAGGAUCCCAAGAAUGCUCAGAGCAAGAUGACCCCGCCAGAGCCCCCGAAGCAGGGAAAGAACAAGAACAAGAAGGGCAAAAAGAAUCAGAAGAAUGUGCCUCGAACUCCUAGUCAGAACAGCAAGAUUAGUGCAGGCCCCGUAGAUUCCGUUGCCAAGAAAAAUCCAGCUAAAGAUGUUAAGCCAAAGGAGAUGGAGGUCCAGGAGAAAGCAAAGGGACAAGGGAAGGAGAAUGCACAAGAGAAAGAAAAGACCCAAGAGAAGAAGACCCAAGAGAAAGAGAAGAACCAAGAGAAAGAGAAGGUCCCUGAAAAGAAGAAGGCCCAAGAAAAAGUGAAGGCCCAAGAGAAGGAAAAGGCGCAAGAGAAAGAAAAGGUCCAAGAAAAGGAAAAGGUCCAAGAAAAGGAAAAGGCCCAAGAGAAAAAUAAGGCCCCAGAGAAAAAUAGGGCUCAAGAGAAAGGGAAGGCCCAACAGAAGGGGAGAGCCCAAGAGAAAGAGAAGGGGCCGGAGCAGAAGAAAGGGCCGGAGCAGAAGAAAGGGCAGGAGCAGAAGAAAGGACAGGAGCAGAAGAAAGGGCAGGAGCAGAAGAAAGGGCAGGAACAGAAAAAAGUUCAGGAGCGAAAGAAUGUAGUGCAGGAAAAGAAGGUGCCGGCGAAGGUUUCGGAGAAAAAAGUGCAGGAGAAUAAAUCCGCUAAGAUUUCAGAGAAGUCUGCGGAUAAGAUUUCGGAGAAGACAGCCGAUAACAUUUCGGAGAAGAAGUCGACCGAUAACAUUUCGGAGAAAAAGUCGGCCGAUAACAUUUCGGAGAAGAAGUCAGCCGAUAACAUUUCGCAGAAGAAGUCAGCCGAUAACAUUUCGCAGAAGAAGUCGGCCGCUAACAUUUCCGAGAAGGUUCAGGAGAAGCUUACCCCACAAAAGCGGUUAGAGUUAAAGAUCGAAAAGAAGCUGUCACAGCAAAGGCUUAAGGAUAGAAUUAUAGAUCCCAGGAUUUAUGAAAUAACAUACCCACUUGUCGAGAAAGUUUCUCAAUUGGUUUCCCAGCCGAUUGCAGAGGUUCAAGUUGAGGAGGAUGCGGUUGAGGUGCCCACUAUUCCCGAUCUACCGCCCACUGAUUCCACUGAGCGCAUUGAGCCCCCAAGCGAUGUCAGCGUAGAGGAGCUGGCAUUCGAGACCGAGGAGAACGUGUCCCAGGAGCCCGAGUCCCAGGAGCCCGAGUUCCAGGAGCCUGAGUCCCAGGAGCCCGAAUCCCAGGAGCCCGAAUCCCAGGAGCCCGAGUCCCAGGAGCCCGAAGAACCCGAAGGCCCCGAAGAGCCGCAGCAUCCACUCAACAACUGCUGGACUCUGUGGUAUCUGGAGAACGAUCGCACCAAGAGCUGGGAGGAAAUGCUGCACGAGGUCACCAGCAUCGAUACCGUGGAGAACUUUUGGAGCCUGGUCACCCACAUCAAGCCGCCGUCGGAGCUAAAGAUCGGCUGUGACUACUGUCUCUUCAAGAAGGGCAUUCGACCGAUGUGGGAGGACGAGGCCAAUGUCCACGGAGGACGCUGGGUCAUCAGCCUGAACAAGACCACCAAGACGGACCUGGACAACUUCUGGAUGGACUCGAUGCUCUGUCUGAUCGGCGAGGCCUGUGACAACGCGGCGGAACUGUGCGGCGCCGUGGUGAACAUUCGCGGAAAGACCAACAAGAUCUCGAUUUGGACCGCUGACGGGGGGAAGGAGGAAGCUGUCUUGGAAAUCGGACGCAAGUUGCGCGAGGGUCUGCGCAUGGAUAGCGCCUAUGUGCUCCAGUACCAGCUGCACAAGGACACCAUGGUCAAGCAGGGAUCUACUGUCAAGUCAAUAUUUACCCUACAGUAACAGUACCUGAUUUCAAACGAAAUGCCAGCCAAAAAUCAAAAAUCAAGCAGCGAACAGCGCAGCCAUCAUUAGGUCCAUGUGGUCCAUUUUAUUUAUUUUCGGUAUUUUUUCACCAAGGAACACUAAACCGUCUAGCAAGGCACAAACCCCCCGUUCGAACCCAUCCAUUAUCCGUCUUUCAGAUGUCGAUUGGAUGCCAAAUCUCCAGUCAAGUCUUCCUUGUACAUGUUGUACAUACAUACAUAAAUUUUAACGUUGCUCUCACAAAGCGAAGAAAUAUAUAAUCGAAUGAGUGUUAA